CUCCAGGCUGAAGGUGCAGAGGGCCUGGUGUUAACCAGCACAAUCCCAUGGAACUAAUUAAAGGAGUUUAAUUUCCCUUAACGAGCCUCAGGACCCUGCCAGGCCCCCGACCACUGUCCUCAAACGUACGCCACCAUCGAUUUGGCUGCCCCUUUUCUGCCUCCCACACGUUCCCAGUGGAGGUGGCUGCAGGGAAGAUGGAGAUGGGAGGACACCUCCCCUGAUCCAGCACCCAAUCCCUCAGAGCCCCUCGUUCCAUUGCUCAUCCUGCAAAUUUCCUGGGGAUUAAAGAGCUCAGGAGGCCCUGAAGGAGCGGAGAUUAGUGCUGGCUGCUGCUGCUGCGCUGAUUAUCGAGUCUGACAGGUUUAUCUCGGUGUCUUGUGACCCCCCAGCAGCUGGUGAGUUACUCACCCCCGAGAGCCUGGCAGGAGAGCAAACAGCGCUGAUGCGGCCGAUAAAACCCUGCGGACUCGGAGCUGGUGCCAGGAAAAGGGGAAGGCGCAGCAUGGGCUGGAUUUGGGUUAAAAGCAGCUGUUUUGGAAAGCAAAGCCAUGCUUGGGGCAGCCAGUGCUACCCACGUGUCCCCUCUGCUCACGGCCUUGUCCAGUGGCACCUGCUUCCCAAACUGACCCAGCUUUCCAAAAUCCCAUCCUCUGCCCGGUGAUGAAAAACCUGGGAUGGUAAAUCCCAGGGACACGGCCGGCUCUUGGAGCUGGAUGAGCAGGAACUGAGGAGCCUCGGCUGGAAAUGUGACCUGGAAGCUCAUUCCAGUCAUCCAGGGCUUGAGGGGCCCUGUCCCCUCCUCUGGUGUGAGGAGAGCUCAUCAAGGUCUGGAUUCCUGACUCCAGAGGGGUCAGGAGUCGGAGCAGAGGGUGCCACAGAGGAACAGGAGGGUGCCGUGGUGGGGCGAGGAGGGAGAUGGGCUGGAGAUGACACCGAUGUGGGGUGGGGACACCUAACAGGGACCUUCCCAUCCCAAGGAAGGAGAUGAUUGAGGAAACAGAGCCAAGCUCUUCCCCACAGAGUGCUGGGAGAGACCAUGGCAGCGGCUGGAACGAGGGAGAGCCAGGAAAAUGCUUUCCACCAGGAGGAGAAGCAGCAGGAUCUGGUGCCAGUGGGGCUGUGCAGCCUCCAGCUCCAGAGGGCUCCGGGAUCCAGCGAUCCUGGUGGGUCCCUGGAGCUGACCAUGCUUCAUCCAGACACUGGAUACAGACCUCCCGUGGUCCCUUCCCACCUCAACCACGCCACAAUCCUGCCUGGAGGAGGAUCCUGGAACCACCUCACCACCAGCAUCGGUUCUGCACCGCAAGGCCCCAGCAGGGCCCGGCACCUCCUGCUCUCGGUGCAGCCAGAAUGCCCUGGGUUUGAUGGAGAAAAACGGGGACAGAGGAUGUCAGCUGUAAAAAGCUGCCCUGGGAGGCGCUGCCAGCCUGGGAACGCAGCCCAGGAACCCGGAGCAUCCCUGACAAGCGCGGUGGGAGCUCAAGGGCAGCGCAGAUAAGGCCCAACAAAGGCCCUGCUGUAACCUGCGGAACAAAGACGCUGCUUUAACUGGGGAACAAAGACACCUCUGACAAACUGACCUCCUGACAGCUGCUCCAGAGCCGCUGCUCGCACCGAAAACAGAAAAAUAAUUCAUUUUCUACCCAAAAAUGAACCUUUCUGUCUGAGCAUUACCCCAGCAAUGUGUCAUGAAGAAAUUCAUGGAAACAAAGAGGAGUUUCCUGGUGGUUUUGGGGUUCCUGUGACCACGCCGUCCCCACCGUCCCACGCCCGUGGGUCGGGAGCCGCCCGUGCCCACAGCAGCUCCGAGCUGGGAGCACGGACACUCAUCCAGGACCUGCUCACUGAGGAAGACGUUAUCAGAUCCUCCCUAAUUUGGCUGCUCUCGUGUUGACUUUGCCAAAUAAAACAAACAUUUGGGCUCGCCGGAGCCCUUCCUGACGGCUGUUUGUCGCUGCCGACGCCGCGGGGACGGCGGAUGCGGCCCCGGUGAGGAGAUCCAGGAGGGAACCCGGACCACCAAGGGGGUUCUGCCCGUGCUUGGGGCUGUGGCUCUGCUCCCACCCACCAUGGAGACCCUCCUGGUGUUCCUCGCCCUCCUGGGGGGGACCAGCAGCGAGCAGCUCUUCGUGGGGGACCAGGUCCUGCGUGUCACGGCCAGGAACGAGGAGCAGAUCGCCCUGCUCGGGGUGCUGGGCGAGCAGGAGGAGCUGCAGGUGGACUUUUGGCGUCACCCCAACAGCCCCAGCCACCCCGUGGACCUGCGGGUGCCCUUCCCCAGCCUCCAAGGAGUCAAAACAUUCCUGGAUUCCCAUCAAUUUUCCUACAGAAUCAUGAUCGAAGAUGUGCAGGAAUUAUUGGAUGAAGAAAAGGAAAGCAUGAGGAGGUCUAGGAGGGUAAAGAGGAGCUCCAGGACGUUCGAUUUCGCCUCCUACCACACAAUAGAUGAGAUCUACGACUGGAUGGACGUCCUGGUGGAGGACCAUCCCAAGCUCAUCAGCAAGAUCCAGAUCGGGCAGAGCUACGAGAACCGGCCCCUGUAUGUGCUGAAGUUCAGCACCGGGGGAUCGAAGCGCCCGGCAAUCUGGCUGGACACCGGAAUCCACUCGCGGGAAUGGAUCACCCAAGCCACCGGUGUCUGGACGGCCAACAAGAUCGCCGAGGAAUACGGGCAGGACCUCUCCGUCACGGCCAUCCUGGACAGCAUGGACAUCUUCCUGGAGAUCAUCACCAACCCCGACGGCUUUGCCUUCACCCACAGCUCGAACCGCCUGUGGCGCAAGACCAGGUCCAUCAACGCUGGAUCCCGCUGCGUCGGGGUGGAUCCCAACCGAAAUUGGGACGCUGGGUUUGGAGGUGCUGGCUCCAGCAGCAAUCCCUGCUCCGAGACCUAUCGUGGUCCUCACGCCCACUCUGAGAGGGAAGUGAGCGCCAUCGUGGAUUUCAUCCGCGCCCACGGGAACGUGAAAUCCGUCAUCUCCAUCCACAGCUACUCCCAGAUGCUGCUCUUCCCCUACGGAUACAAGAGGGCACCCACACCCGACCACCAGGAGAUGAAUGAACUGGCCAAGAAAGCCGUGAGCGACUUGGCCGCCGUGUUCGGGACGAAAUACACCUACGGCAGCAUCGCCAACACCAUCUACAUGGCAGGAGGCACCACCAUCGACUGGGCCUACGACAACGGGGUGAAAUAUUCCUUCUCCUUGGAGCUGAGGGACUCGGGGCGCUACGGAUUCCUCCUGCCCAGCUCCCAGAUUGUCCCCACUGCCACCGAGACGUGGCCGGCGCUCCUGGACAUCAUGGUCCACGUCCUGGAGCAUCCAUACUGACCCCAGCACCUCCCACAGCAUUCCCUCCUCUCAAUAAAUCCUCAUGGAAAUUCAGCGCUUUCA